GCCUGCUAUAGAAUCGCCUUCUCUUCCUGCUGGUUACAUGGAACGCUUUUUGCCUGUUGAAAUUGCCUUUUUUCUCCUUAUCAAUGCCGGUCCCGUGCUGUAGAUAGCCAUUUUCGCACGAUGGUCAACGGCGUGUCGAGAGGGAUUUCGCGGCGUCGAUCCGACGAUCGAGCCAGUGUGAAGCGAUCGGUAGUCGCUUGCAAUCGGUGUCGUGGUAGGAAGACCCGAUGUGCCGGUAAUCCUCCCGAUCCUUGCGCGGCGUGCGAGGAUGCCGGGCAGCCCUGUGUGUAUUCAGAGGCUGAGAAAAGGGUGCCUGUGCUGGAGAGUUACCUGCGCGAUUUGCAGGCCCGGGCUGCCCGUCAAGGCCCGUAUGACAAUGAUGGUCUCUCUAUCCCCUCGGCUUCUUCAGGGCCGUCCAGCUCGAACACCACGGGCGACGUUCCCAUCGCGCGCGAUGACUGGUGGUAUAAGGGAGCAGAUAACUUGCUGCUGAACCGAUCUGGAGAGCAUCAGUAUGUGGGAGCUUCAUCUGCCACACAUCUCGCCAGACGUCUGAAUCCGGCCUCGUCCAACCUCGCCUGGGACGUGCGACCUCUCUAUGACGACCCAUCGUCACUUCGUCGUCCAGUCUCUACCACCCUCCCUCAGCUUCCUCCUUAUGACUUCGCCAAGCGCCUGUUCUGGGUGCAAUACGCCUACAUCGGAACCAUCUUCUCGUUCAUCCAGCCCUCCGAGUUCGAGGAGAGGCUGGACUUCGUCUACAACCACCCGCCCGACUUCUCGAACCAACAGGCCUGCUUGACGUACUGUGAGAUCCUGCUCAUCAUCGCCUUCGGCCUGAUGUACUCCGUCAAUCAAUGGUCGGGGGAUGGCGGUCCUCCCGGGUUCAAGUAUUUCAAACAUGCCCUCCGCUUCCUUCCGGAUAUCCACGAGGAGGGAUCUAUUUUCUUCGUCGAGGUGCUCUGCUAUGUUGGGUAUUAUAUGCAGAAUCUUAAUCGGCGUGACGCUGCAUUUCUCUAUACCGGUCUGGCACUUCGCAUGGCCAUUUCACUCGGGUUACAUCAGGAAGUCUCCGAUCCACAUCUCAGCGAGAGUAUACGAGAUCGUCGCCGGCGUGCGUGGUGGUCGGCCUACAGUCUAGAUCGAUUGCUGUCGGUGAAGUCGGGGAAUCCAAUUUCCAUCCAGGACGAAGACAUUGGCACUACAUGGCCUACGACAGAGGGCGUACCGAGUGUCUCGUGGCCGUCAAUCGUAUUUAUCCAUUACACUAAACUAUCCCGGAUUCUGGGCAGAGUGGGCGAAGAGAUCUAUCGCAAGAAGCCCCGAUCCGGAUCGAAUCUCCUCGCGUCCGUACAGAGUAUCCUGGAGAACCUGACGGAAUGGUUACGUGCGGUCCCAGAUGGACUACGCAUUGACCUGAGCAAUCUCGACGGGAGUAUCAGUCGCGAGUCGGUCUCGAUAUUCCUGAAUUUCUACUCGUGCGUCAACAUGACUGCGCGACCGCUGGUCUUCUACGUGAUCCAGCAACGACUGGAAGCCGAGGCCAACAGAUCAGCGACCGAAGACUGGAAAGACGGACUCUCGCCGACGAUUGUUGCCGUGAUCGAUAGGUCCAUCACGGCAGCUCGCGCCACGACGAUGAUCAUGGACGCAGCGAUGAAGCAGAAUCUCGUCGCGACCUACGGUUAUCUCGACGGGGAGCACGUAUUCUGCGCUGCCCUCCUUCUGGUGAUGGUCAACGCAGCCUUUCCGCACAACGAGACCAAUGUUCGCGCCAUGGAGAAAUCGCUGAACGUCCUGCGGGCCAUGGCGGAUCGGGGCAACACAUAUCUCGCUGCUCGCCAUUCCCUCCUCCUCGAGCUUCAGGCCGCAAUUGGCCCCAAGCCCGCGAAGAAGAAGGAUGUGGAAAGUCGCCAGGAGAAGCCGGACCAGGACGAUGCUCGCGUGGUGGAUGUGCAAGCGGCGGCGGCAGCUUCAGCAUCGUGCAGCCCCCCGGAACAUCCGCCGCCUGCCAUCUCUGUCGAGGAGGACCAGCAGCCGAUUCUGUCGCCGGACUGGCCCCUUCCCGACGACUUGCUGUCCAUUCAGGACAUGACGUUUAACUUUGACAUCAACGAGGACCCCGGGUUGUGGGAGCAGGUGCUGGAUAAUAUCGACAUCGACAUGGACACGGGGUGGAUUGAGAGCACGCUUCGCAGAUAGCCAUAGUCUUGUUUGGUUGUAGCAGUCAGCUUCAUGUACAUUAUUAUUACACUCUGAUGCUUGCACUCACCUUUUUGUUUUCGC